CGCAUCUUCAUUUCUGCCCCCUCACGGAUCGACUCCUUAUUUUCGUCUACGAAAAGCUUAGGCCAGAAGAUACCAUUAAUACGCGUUGUCGGAGGAAUUCCCGCAACCCUUCUUUCUCCCUCUCCCUAGGGUUAGGGUUUCGCAUAGGGUUUGAUUGGUUUGGGGGAGAAAGAUGGCGAUGAAUGAAGGGGAAACGAUCGACUUAGAGCAGGGAUGGGAAUUCAUGCAAAAGGGUAUUACAAAGCUGAAGAACAUUCUAGAAGGACUCCCUGAGCCGCAGUUCAGCUCGGAGGACUACAUGAUGCUCUAUACAACUAUAUAUAACAUGUGUACUCAGAAACCCCCACACGACUACUCGCAGCAGUUGUAUGAUAAGUACCGGGAGUCUUUUGAGGAGUACAUUACAUUGACGGUGUUGCCGUCUUUAAGAGAGAAACAUGACGAAUUUAUGCUAAGAGAGCUUGUGAAAAGGUGGGCAAAUCAUAAAGUGAUGGUCAGGUGGCUUUCACGCUUCUUUGAUUAUCUUGAUCGAUAUUUCAUUGCUCGGAGGUCGCUGCCUGCCCUCAGUGAAGUUGGUCUCACCUGCUUCCGUGAUCUGGUGUACCAGGAAAUUAAUAGUAAAGUUAGAGAUGCUGUAAUCUCUUUGAUUGAUCAAGAGCGUGAAGGAGAGCAGAUCGAUCGGGCCUUACUAAAGAAUGUCCUGGAUAUUUUUGUUGAAAUUGGGAUGGGCAAUAUGCAAUGUUAUGAAACUGACUUUGAAGCAGCCAUGCUCAAAGACACUGCUGCAUAUUAUUCCUGCAAGGCUUCCAUCUGGAUUCUAGAGGAUUCCUGUCCAGACUACAUGUUGAAGGCUGAUGAGUGCUUGAAACGUGAGAAGGAUAGGGUUUCUCAUUAUUUGCAUUCCAGCAGCGAGCAGAAGUUAUUGGAGAUAGUGCCACAUGAGCUGUUGUUUGUUUACGCAAGCCAGCUGCUAAAAAAGGAACACUCUGGAUGCCAUGCCUUGCUUAGAGACGACAAGGUGGUGGUUGGUCUCUUAAGGAUGAUCCCUCAAGGAUGUAGAAUAACUAGAGGCUUAGAUCCUGUUUCUCAAAUAUUUAAGCAGCAUGUUACUGCUGAAGGAACUACCCUGGUUAAACAAGCAGAAGAUGCAGCAAGUAACAAGAAAGUUUUUGUUCGAAAAGUUAUCGAGCUGCACGAUAAGUACUUGGCAUAUGUGAAUGACUGCUUUAUGAACCACUGUCUUUUCCAUAAGGCACUCAAGGAGGCUUUUGAGGUCUUUUGCAACAAGGGUGUUGCAGGCAGCUCCAGUGCUGAGUUACUGGCUACAUUUUGUGAUAAUAUCCUUAAGAAGGGUGGGAGUGAAAAACUAAGUGAUGAGGCGAUUGAGGAGACUCUCGAGAAAGUUGUAAAAUUGCUCGCGUAUAUCAGUGAUAAAGACCUUUUUGCUGAGUUCUAUAGGAAAAAGCUGGCUCGCAGGCUUCUAUUCGACAAAAGUGCCAAUGAUGACCAUGAGAGGAGUAUUCUAACAAAGUUGAAGCAACAAUGUGGUGGACAAUUCACUUCAAAGAUGGAGAGAAUGGUCACGGAUUUGACAUUGGCUAGAGAAAACCAGGCCAGCUUUGAGGAGUAUCUCAAUGGUAACUCCCAUGCAAAUCCCGGGAUAGAUUUGACAGUCACUGUUCUAACAACGGGAUUUUGGCCAAGUUAUAAAUCGUUUGAUCUAAACCUUCCUGCAGAGAUGGUUAAAUGUGUUGAAGUUUUCAGGGAGUUCUAUCAAACAAAAACAAAACAUAGAAAGCUUACAUGGAUAUAUUCGCUGGGUACUUGUAACAUCAACGGAAAGUUUGAACCAAAAACUAUUGAGCUCAUUGUGUCAACAUAUCAGGCCUCUGCUCUCCUGCUAUUCAACACUUCAGAUAGAUUAAGUUAUUCAGAGAUCAUGACUCAGCUAAACUUGACUGAUGAUGACACAGUUAGAUUGCUUCAUUCUCUUUCAUGCGCCAAAUAUAAAAUCCUUAACAAAGAACCGAAUACCAAAACAAUCUCUCCAACUGACUAUUUUGAGUUCAAUUCCAAGUUCACCGACAAAAUGAGGAGAAUCAAGAUUCCUCUCCCUCCAGUUGAUGAGAAGAAGAAGGUUAUCGAAGAUGUUGACAAGGACAGACGGUAUGCCAUUGAUGCAUCGAUUGUACGAAUCAUGAAGAGUCGUAAGGUUCUGGGCCAUCAACAGUUGGUAAUGGAAUGCGUUGAGCAGCUUGGCCGCAUGUUCAAGCCCGACUUUAAGGCGAUCAAGAAGAGGAUUGAAGAUCUGAUCACGAGGGAUUAUCUGGAGAGGGACAAGGAUAACCCCAACAUGUUCAGGUACUUGGCCUGAAACAUCAACCUUGUCAAUCGUCAUUGAUGGAAGGCUACUGUAUUCUGUAUAGGACAAUGCUACUCUAAAAAGCAUUGAGGAGCUGCUGGCCAUAGUGCAAAGGCAGCAUCGCUAGCCUAUGAAAGAGUCAUGGAAGGAACAUGCUGCUGCUGCUAUGAAGUGCUCUUGCUCCCUUACAAAGCCGAAGAGAAAAGCCUCGAAAACCCAGAUCGAAAAUUCUUCCUUGUGUAUAUUUAUCUCCUACCCAGGUUUGGCCGAAAAUCUUGCACUCUGCCCCCUUUUUGAGAAAGGAACUUCUUAUCCAAUGUACCAUGUUCAGUGCAGCUGGCUGCUUUUAUCUUGCUGUGCACACUCUCUGUGGACAUCUCUACUACUUGGUUUCUGUUUCUCCUUUUACCUAUCUCUACCUGAUUGUUGUUUCCAUCUUGUCAUUA